UUCUGAAAGUUUAAGCUCUCCCUGGUUGGUGACUCAUCUGCAACAUCAUUUUUGAAAGUGUUGUUGCUAUUACUGACGAUUUUGCGUAGCGUGCCCGAGUAACUGGCUGAAUUUAAACUUUAUGCCCGAUUGCCAGUUCUCUUGAGCGCCAAACCCGAUAAUCUGGCAUCCUAAACAUCGCAUUUCUUCUUGAUUUAUUUUUUAAUUUCCGAGUUGUUGCUCAAGAAAGUAAAACGUCUAUUUUCGUUCCAUCGGAACAAUGAAGUAUUGACAGGUGCGUCUGUUUAGGAAAGGGGACUUGUGAACCAGCAGGAUCACAACUCGUGGUGGUUUGUGGUUGUUUUGGUUGCUUCCAGCACCAAGGACAGCUCCUGGCACGCAGCUUAGCUACACCCGGUUGAAACUUCAGGCAGCGGCACACUCUCCUCCUCCAUUCAUUCAUUCAUUCAUGCAUUCAUUCAUUCAUCCAGCUCCACUGUCGUGCAAAUCCCUCAACAGUAUUGCAAAGGAUAUGCGUUAAGUUUGCACGAUCCAUUCAUCGCACGGCAGCGCUGGAAACGGAGGAACCCCGCACAGGCUGUAAUUUACAACAAACUCUGACAAAGAGAAGACCGAAGAGGAUGGGGCUGAUGCUGUAAAUGGCCUCUGUCAGAAUAAAAACACUGGUGCUUUGAGAUCUGGUGCCUCUGCCCCUUACUGUUUUUUUCUUUAGAACCAUCAUCAAAAGCUGACCAGACUCAGACCAGAAACACCAGUACUGUGACCUUGUUUUUUCCAAGGGAUAUGUCAUUGGGGAAAUCCCCUGUGUUGGGGGUGCGCCCUGUGCCCCGACCCCUCUGGCUGUCCCACCUCAGCCUGCUGUGCUUAUGUGUGUCUCUCUUUGCCCAGGCCACCCAAGGUUUGCCUGUGGUAGGUUAUAACACUGACUCCAAGAGGGAGAUCACACUGGAAGGAGAUUUGAUGAUUGGCGGUCUGUUCCCUGUACACCAGAAGGGUGAGGGAGCCGAGGACUGUGGAAAGAUCAAUGCUCAGAGAGGGAUCCAGAGACUGGAGGCCAUGCUGCUGGCACUAGAUGAAAUCAACAAGGAUGAGCGCAUCCUGCCUGGGAUCAGACUGGGAGCUCACAUACUGGACACUUGCUCUAAGGACACCUACGCUCUAGAGCAGUCCCUGGAGUUUGUCAGGGCCUCCCUCACCAAAGUGGAUGACAGUGAGUACACGUGCCCCGAUGGCUCCUACGCCAUCCAUGACGACGUCCCUCUGGCUAUCUCUGGGGUCAUUGGAGGCUCCUACAGUGAUGUCUCCAUUCAGGUGGCCAACCUUCUGCGACUCUUCCAAAUCCCUCAGAUCAGCUAUGCUUCCACCAGUGCCAAGCUCAGCGACAAGACCCGCUAUGACUACUUUGCCCGCACUGUGCCCCCUGACUUCUACCAGGCCAAGGCCAUGGCAGAGAUCCUGCGUUACUUCAACUGGACGUACGUAUCAACGGUGGCAUCAGAAGGGGACUAUGGUGAGACUGGCAUUGACGCCUUUCAGCAGGAGGCUCGUGCCCACCAGAUCUGCAUUGCCACUUCAGCCAAGGUGGGCCGCUCAAUGAGCCGCUGGAGUUACGAGAAUGUGAUCCGCUCCCUGCAGCAGAAGUCCAAUGCCAAGGUGGUCAUCCUGUUCACACGCAGUGAGGACGCCCGUGAGCUUCUGGUGGCGGCCAACCGCAUGAACGUCACCUUCACCUGGGUGGCCAGUGAUGGCUGGGGAGCACAGGAAAGUGUGGUGAGAGGCAGUGAGGCUGUGGCUGACGGUGCGUUCACCAUCGAACUGGCUUCCUAUCCGAUCCCCCAGUUUAAUGACUACUUCACUGCCCUGCACCCGUACAACAACACCAGGAAUCCCUGGUUCAGAGAGUUUUGGGAAAACCAGUUCCAGUGCAGCCUCCAUGAUCUGGGAUGUGGGAAGCACUCACUUCGCGAGACUCCGUUUCAGCCGGAAUCCAAGAUCAUGUUUGUAGUGAAUGCAGUCUAUGCGAUAGCUACUGCUAUACAUAACAUGAGGCAGGCCUUAUGCCCCAACUCCACCAAGGUGUGUGAGGCUCUUAAACCUGGCAAUGGCAGAAAGUUUUACAGGGACUACAUUCUCAAGGUCAAGUUUGAGGCACCAUUUCGUCCACCAGACACAGAAAAUGAAGUCCGCUUUGAUGCCUACGGGGACAGCCUUGGUCGUUACAACAUUUUCCACUACCACAAAGAAGAUGGACGUUAUCUCUACCGUAAGGUCGGCUACUGGGCUCAGAUCCUGAGCCUGAACACAAGCCUCAUCCCCUGGGCUGGCCAGGUUGUGCCAACCUCCCAAUGUAGCGACCCCUGCAGGAAGAACGAGGUGAAGAGUAUGCAGCCUGGAGAUGUGUGUUGCUGGAUCUGUAUCCCCUGUCAGCCCUACCAGUAUUUGCAGGAUGAGUUCACCUGUGCUGACUGCAGCUUUGGACAGUGGCCCCUGGCAAACCUGACAGGCUGUUAUGAUCUUCCUGAGGAGUACAUCCGCUGGGAAGAUGCCUGGGCCAUUGGACCCGUCACCAUAUCCUUUCUGGGGAUGAUGUGUACGCUCUUUGUCAUUGGACUCUUCCUUAAACACAAUGAGACACCCGUGGUGAAGGCCAGUGGCCGUGAGCUCUCCUACAUUCUUCUGCUGGGAGUGUUGAUGUGUUAUAGCAUGACCUUCAUCUACAUUGCCAAACCAUCCACAGCAGUUUGCACACUGCGUCGGCUAGGUUUAGGCACCUCAUUUGCUGUGUGCUACUCAGCCCUCCUGACCAAGACCAAUCGCAUUGCUCGGAUCUUCAGUGGGGUGAAGGAUGGAGCACAGCGGCCUCGAUUUAUCAGCCCAGCCUCCCAGGUUGCUAUCUGUGGUGCUCUGAUCUCCUGCCAGCUGGUGGUGGUGGUGGUUUGGCUGCUGGUGGAAACUCCUGGGGUGAGAAAGGAAGUAAGCCCAGAGAGGAGAGACGUGGUCACCCUCAAGUGUAACAGCAAGGACUCCAGUAUGCUCAUGUCUCUCACCUACAACUGCAUCCUCAUCAUCCUGUGCACAGUCUACGCCUUUAAGACUCGCAAAUGCCCAGAGAACUUCAACGAGGCCAAGUUCAUCGGGUUCACCAUGUACACCACCUGCAUCAUCUGGUUGGCUUUCCAGCCUAUUUUCUAUGUUACUGCCAGUGACUACAGGGUGCAGACAACCACCAUGUGCAUUUCGGUCAGUCUGAGUGGGUCGGUGGUGUUGGGCUGCCUCUUCGCUCCCAAGGUCCACAUCAUCCUGUUCCAGCCGCAGAAGAAUGUCAGCACUCUCAGAGUGGCCACCACCCGCUUCAGUGUCACCACUGGCCCAGGCUCCAGUUUCUCUCAAGUCAUGCAUGGUUCAGAUCAGGCAAACCAGAAAGGCUGAACAGUUUGUCCGGUGAUCUUGUGUUCCAUUCAACAAACAAUUGGAAGAUUCCCACCAAAGAACUUUUUUUUUUUUUUCAAUGUUUUGCAGCAUCAGCCUCCAAUGUUGUUCCAACAGUGUGUAAUGGACGAGAAGUGGUGGACUCCACAACUUCCUCCUUGUGAAGAUCAGCUCAAUUGCCAAGCAUUGUAAACAGAGUUAUAUAAUCACUAGUCCUGAAUCAGGUGUCUCAGAUAUUAAAGAGGUCAUACAGAUGAUCAUCCUGACUUUGUUGUCCUCAAAGUGCUGUAAGUACAAUGUCCCAAUUAUUUUACUUUGUUCUUUGACUCGUAGCGAUUUGAAAUGAGAUGCCAAUAAUGUCGCAUAUAGCCCUUGUUUUUAUUAAAGAUUCUACUUGCAACAAUGGAGUAAGUUAUGGUAAAUCUGUUAAAUGUAAUAUAUACAAGACGUUUUUAAUGUAGAUUUUGGUGAACCAGUUUGUGCUUUCUUGUAAUUUAUGUAAAUAAAAUGUGUUUUGUAUUAAUA